GUGACUUGCUGGCAAUUCCCCAAUAAAGAGAAGAAGAAGCAGGAGGAGGAGGAAGCGGAAGAAGAAGAAGAAGCAAAGGAGGACUGGGAUUUUCUGCCUUUUAUCAAUGAUGGCUGAGCGGCUCCUUUGAUCCCUAACAUCUGAGUGACGCAGGUCACACAUGUCUCCACGGUGAGGUCCGGAUCAGGCUCAGCAGGAUGUCCGGCACUGGGAACCAGUCCUGUCUAAUGGGAGCAGAGAACACGGCGUCCUUCCUGGCGUGUUUAUUCCAUGUGUGGGAGGACUGGGUGGGCCUGGAGCAGCUGGAGGACUACCUGAGCUUCCUGGAAUACCUGCUGUGGGUCUUCACGCCUCUGGCCGUGGUUUUCCUGCUUCCCUUCCUGAUCGUCAUCCUGCUCUACCUUUCCAUCCUCUUCCUGCACGUCUACAAGAGGAAGAAUCAGCUGAAGGAGGCCUACAGCAACAACCUGUGGGAUGGAGCCAGGAAAACCCUCGCCACCCUGUGGGAUGGACACGGGGCCAUAUGGCACGGUUAUGAGAUCCAUGGAAUGGAGAAGAUCCCCAGCAAAGGAGCCGCUCUGAUCGUGUAUUACCACGGAGCCAUUCCCAUCGACUACUACUACUUCCUGGCCAACGUCAUCCUACAGAAAGGACGCACCUGCCAUUCUGUAGCCGACCACUUCCUCUUCAAGAUACCAGGUUUCAAGUUGCUUUUGGAGGUUUUCUCAGUGAUCCACGGUCCUCAGGAAGAGUGCGUCCGCGCCCUGAGGAACGGCCACCUGCUGGGCAUUUCUCCCGGAGGGGUGCGAGAGGCUCUGUUUAGCGACGAGACCUAUCCCCUGAUCUGGGGCAAACGGAACGGCUUCGCCCAGGUAGCCAUCGACUCUAAAGUGCCAAUAAUCCCAAUGUUCACCCAGAAUCUGCGGGAGGGCUUCAGGUCUCUGGGGACACUCAGGCUGUUCCGCUGGCUGUACGAAAGGUUUCGUCUGCCUGCGGCUCCAGUUUAUGGUGGAUUUCCAGUGAAGUUCAGAACCUUCCUCGGUGAUCCCAUCCCAUACGACCCAAACGUCGGUGCUGCUGAGCUAGCACAGAGAGUGCAGCAGGCGGUCCAGUCUCUGAUAGACGAGCACCAGCAGAUCCCCGGGAGCAUCUGGAGGGCCUUGAUGGAGAGAUUCCACACUAAACCCAAAGAGCAGCAGCAUCAGGACUAAAGAUGGCAGAAGCGUCAGAA